GAAUUAUUCGAAAUUUAUUACGCAAUAAUUUUUGUAUAUCCGGAAUUUAUCACGCUUUGACGAGAACAAGAGGUCCUAGAGUUGUUUUUCGAGCGAUCGUAGCUACAAACAUAAGUAUCUACACAAAGUACUCAGGUAACGCAACCUGCAUGGACAAUUCAGAGGAGGAUCUGAAUUAUAUAUCAGUGAUCUGCAAGCUACUUGGAAUCGGAUCUCAGCUCUCCGAGAUCGAAAAUUCAUGUGCACUCAGCGACUGCAACCAUUCAAACACAUCUGUACAGCUAACGCAACCUGCAUGUACGAUGAUACAGAGAGGGACCCAGCGCAGCCAUUUGAAAUCAGAUCUUCGAUCCUCGGACUUAGCAGAAUAUAAUCCUCUUGAGAGCACCAAUCCUCGUGGGAGCACCAAUCCUUGUGGGAGCAGCAUCCUGAAUUUUUAUCCUACGAUCGAGCUACUAUGUACGUACUACGACAUUUCCAAUACUCUAUACAUCUAUAGCCAUCAGGGAGGCAGAGCUACUCUAGUUAACAUCCGAGACCUCCAACUCUGGGAACCGACUUGGGUCUGGUCUUGGUACUAGCAACGAGGGGGUGAGUCCCUAGGCUUCCUUAACUUCUUUGUCAGUUCACGCAAUGGUGGAAGCUGGCAUUGCAGUCGUACUUUUUAAUAACCCUUCUUACUUUUGUUUUCUAAUACUAUGUGGGGUGGCGGUAAUUUACAUUUUAAAAUAAUUUUAUUAGCGCAGGUAAUUGUAGGGUUGGUUGUUGUAGAGAAAAGCGUACCUGCACCCUGUAGAGUAAACAAUAUAAAAUCCUCUCACAAAAUCAAUCAUUCCAUUAUUCAUUACAAUCAGUCAGAUUUGUUUAUUUGAAAUAAAACUAAACUUUUAUAAACUUUUAAAGCAAGAGUGUGCAGCUCAACAGCAACGGUAAAGACCAUCGUUUGAUCGACUACGUGUUUCCAAGUUUAUUUUAAUAAUUCUUGGUGAUUGAUCUCGUUUACGUUGAUGACUGGUCAGUAGAUUUUAUAAGUUUUAUCUGUUAAGUCUGCGCAUAGCAGAUUAACGAGAACUAGGAUAUCUAAUGUUAUAAGAGAUUUUCUUCCCUUACACAUAUUCUUCAAGCCCUUAACUUGUUCUUGCUAAAAAUGGAUAGACAUGAGAAAAAUCAAAGUCAUUCUUUAUUAAACCUAUUUUUGAAGCUUCUACUGAAAUUAUGAAAGCUGCUAAAAUCAUGCAAAGGUUCUCAAAUAUUGAGAUAUUUUGGCUGAUCAAAACACACACCUUUUCAAAAUUCAAUAAAUUAAGGCUCCGGUCGAGGCAUGGGCAGCCCGUAUAUUUGUACACACAACAGGUUUUCUGUUUAAAUUUUUUUUACAAACCAUGGGUAAGUUUUUGAACGAGAUACCACGGCAAUGAAUGUGAGACGUGCUAGAUUGUGGCCACGCCACAAAUUUAUAACGAUGAAACCCUCGUUCCUUUCCAUUUCCCAUGUAGAUUAGUAUGGAAGAACGCGAUCAGAAAUUGCAUUUCUUCCAUUCUUAUUAGCAGAAAAAUUCCAAGUCGACGCUGCUCGCGCGCGAUCCUCAGCGCGAAGACGAGGAAUCGCAUGAUUUGUUCUGCAUAUUAUUCGUGUACGUCCCUAGGGGUCCUAAGUAUUCUGUAAAACAAAAUAAUCAUCGUGACUUGCCAUCUUGCAAGGCGCUUUAACAAAUUGUCUGAUAUUGGUGUUAGGAAUAUGUAUUGAAAGAUUUACUUUCAUGAAAUUAGACAACGAAAAUAAUCAAGACCUGGCGCUGCAGCGGCGCGCAGUCUCGGCAUUUAUAAACAUACAUCUCAACGCUUUUUGCGUUUUCAACAAAACCUCCGAAAAAUUGUAAGAAAGCAAGUUCUCUCGAACCUAUUUGAACCUAACUCUCACGCGAUUAGUUUUUGCUUUCUGAUUCCAGAAAUUCAAUUUUCUUCUGACUUCUGAACGGAUUUUACGCGAAGAGAGCCAUUUAUUCAUAAUUGAUGAUGUGGUAUCGGCUACGGCGAAGGUUGAAAAUCAAUCGAUCACAAUCAGUAUUCGACGAUGACAACGAAGCCCAAAUUCUUCAUCGUUUCAUCUGUUGUUUUUUAUUUCUAUUUUUUAUAUUUCAUCGAUUGAUAUGCUAUUCAUAUUGUUCAGUGUGGAUCUGACGAAUGAAAGAUGCGAUGAAAGGAAGAAACGUCUCCACACCAAUAAACGACUCAUUCGAAGAACUCGAUGAUGCAAUGACUGGAAUGGAGAACAUUUUUUGUAAGAUCAUCUCAGAGAUGAUCUGCAGGCUACAUCGUCUCAGAUUAUCGCACUCUGUACGAACAAUGUGCAUCCUGCUAUAUGCAUUCCUCUUGCUAGAUGAGAUGAGAAUGAAUUGAGCUCAUGAGGAUCAGCAGUUGGUGUCGGUGUCGGAUAAAAUGAAGACUGGAGACCCAACCAACUUUGUUUCUUCAAAGGGGCGAUCAUUGAGCGUAAUGGGUGACGCGUGGGCCUUGACAGGGCGCGCGUGGUCGUAGCAUCUCGAAGACCCCGGCGACGCGACGUUUCUAAAACUAUAAUAACUCCAUCCGGGAUACCACAGCGCCUUCGGCAUUACCAUGAUGAAGAUACCACGAUAAAAGGAGACCAUUAUUUAAUCAUAACCAGCAUUAUCUCCCCCGGUUAACAAUCUAAAAAUAUGUCUUUUAUCGGAUAUCCUAUUAUAACACUUUUUGGUCUUCAGCUGUAAAAGACAUUAAUAUGAAAUGGAUCAAAAGAGAAAAUCGCUAAAAGAGAAGAGUAUGAGGAUAUACAAAACAGGAAGAGGAAAGUUAUUGCCAAGUUUCUGUUGGAUUCGCAGUAUAAAAUUCUUAAAGUUUGCUUCUAUGGAGCUUUAAAAGACUUCUCGUCAAAUGCAUCUGAAUUAAAGUGCAGUUGAUACAUAAAAAUCGUGCAUAAUUCUAUGGUCAGCAUAAUCGUCAUAUCCUGGAACCGCGGUAUAUUGUGUUUAUGUUCGGUCGUUCGGAGUUGAUUAAACAGGUGCGACGCAUCCCUAUAGUUACUGACGUUAACACUGUACAAAUAUGUAGCCUGUGUAAUGUGCAGUAUUAUGACCGUAACGUGGGCCAUGGAAAUCAACGGUAGCCUCCCCAUAAAACCAAUGGGUUAUCCAUACUAUACGUACUACUACCAAUAGACUCAGAGUCCAGAAUUUCGAAUAUACGUUUGCACUGGGAUCAGAUACAUAGAUGGUCUACGGAUCAUAUACGUGCUGCUCUACAUAUAUGGAGCAGCGAGAAGUAAUAACGUCGCUGACAGGUAUAUAAAAGCUCUGUCAAGUCCUCAGAGGCAGGCGAACUCGCCCGCCAACUGAAUUCUAUAAGGUCGACGUCAGAAACUCCAGGUGGUCUGCAAACGAUCGCUUGUCAGCUGAUUCAGCAUUUAAACGUCUAGAAGGGUCGACUGGAAGAAGCCAAGCUGUCUAGGAAUAAAAACAAAAGGAGGAAAAGAUAAGAAGAAGACGAAAAAAAGAACGGAUAGUUUUCUCUCAGACAACGAACUGGUACUGUAUAUAGGGAUUUUCAAGUUCUUGGAUAUUGAACGACGACGAUAUUAUCCUGAGAAACUGAGCUCAUUCGAAAUUCAUGUGCAGUGUGAAUGAAAUCACUUCCGGUACGGUUUUUGGAAAAGGUUUAUAGUAUAAAUAAAUCGGUUCAUCGAAUAAUGUAUGUGCAGGUCCUCAGACGCGAACGACUUGAGGAGGGAAUCGAUACGGAGAAUAAUCUACACGUAGAUCGAGCGACAGUCCUUGAUCGAAAAUAAACGAUAUCCGGGACCCUGGUAUCCCCAGGGGGAUUAAGAACGGUAUGCAGUCUUUUUUUUUAUCAUGGAAACGAAUCUGAAAGCGGAAGUUGAUUCAAAUGUAUGGACCCUCUUCGAUCGUAAUCAAUUAUACUUAUCUCUUCUCCAGGAUAAACUUAUGGUGAGGGAAAAAAACAGACUCCUGACAUCGGUGGAAACUGGUUAUAAUAAACUGCAGUCACAUUGUUCGGCUCUGCCUACAUAUGUACGUACGUGGACGUUCGCGGGAUGUGGACUUUGCAGAGGAUGGACGACUUCAUGGUUCUGCAAAUAUAGAUUUUAUGCGCGGAGAGAAAUCAAACAAGAAAAAUGAAAGAAAAAGGGUUGUAUUCCGCUGCCGUUGCACAAGAGGACGUUGUUUACAUUCAGACGAAGAAGUUCAGCGUCAGGAUGAUGAUAUGAUACGCGGUUAACUGGAGUCAUUGUUUGCCCCAAAAAUAAUCAAUCGCUGCAUCAUGAAGACGAUAUUACAAAUUGCGGCUGUUCUUAUUCUGGGUGUUAAUGCUCGGAGAUCGGACGCUGAUAAUACCGCCGAAGAUGUCUUUGGCGCACAGCGUCGCGGCGCUAAUCACAAAAAUAACUACCCCAAUAAUCAACCGAGCUCACCUUAUCUUCCGUAUCAACAGCCCAGGGAAAGGAAACCUAAUAUAGUCCUCAUUUUGACGGACGACCAAGACGUUGAACUAGGUUCAUUGAACUUUAUGCCACGCACGUUAAAACGUAUUCGAGACGAAGGUGCAGAACUUAGACACGCUUACGUUACAACACCAAUGUGUUGUCCGAGCAGAAGUUCACUUUUGACCGGACGAUACGUUCACAAUCACCAAGUUUUUACAAACAACGAUAACUGCAGCAGCCCGCAAUGGCAGAGGGAUCACGAACCACAUUCGUUUGCAACUUACUUGAGCAACGCUGGAUACAGAACCGGAUACUUUGGGAAAUACUUGAACAAAUACAACGGAUCUUAUAUACCACCUGGUUGGCGGGAAUGGGGUGGUUUAAUAAUGAAUUCACGAUAUUACAACUACAGUGUUAAUAUGAAUGGUAAAAAAAUUCGGCAUGGUUUCGAAUACAGCAAGGAUUAUUAUCCUGAUUUGAUAGCAAACGACAGCGUGGCUUUUCUCAGACAAAGCAAGCAUAAUUUUGCUAGAAAACCUCUCAUGCUUGUCGCUAGUUUUCCGUCACCACAUGGACCGGAAGAUUCAGCACCGCAAUUUUCACAUCUAUUCUUCAACGUCACCACACAUCACACACCGGCUUACGACUACGCACCGAAUCCUGAUAAACAGUGGAUUUUACAGGUGACUCAAAAAAUGCAACCGAUUCAUAAGGAUUUUACAAACCUCCUUAUGACCAAGAGAUUGCAAACUUUGCAGAGCGUCGAUAUCGCCGUUGACAGGAUAUACCAGGAGCUUAAGGAUUUGGGUGAACUGGACAACACCUACAUAAUUUAUACAUCAGAUCACGGUUAUCAUCUUGGACAAUUUGGUCUUAUUAAAGGGAAAAGUUUUCCAUUCGAAUUUGACGUUCGCGUACCCUUCCUCAUAAGAGGACCCGGAAUUGAGGCUGGUUCUGUAGUCGAUGAUUUGGUUCUGAACAUCGAUCUUGCGCCUACAUUCCUGGAUAUAGCCGGUGUGGACACUCCGCCACAAAUGGACGGCCGAUCUUUCAUGAAACUUUUUCACAAUAGCAAGCACGGGCGAAGAUCAAAGUUGAAAUGGCCGGACACCUUCCUUAUCGAGUCAUCCGGGCGACGUGAAACACCGGAAUCAAUCGCUGAAGCUAAAGCUAGAGAGGCGAGAAGACAUAAUUCGACCACUCCUAAACCUCCUGAAACUACGGCGGAAUACGAAGACGUUACUGAACACGAAAUUGACUCAAAUGCCGAACGAAGAAUUCUAGAAAAUGAUAAUGGCAGUGAUCAGGACCUGUCAGAAGACGACGAUUUCGAAGAUUCUGGCCCUGAAGAUGGAAAUUCUGAAAUACAAUUGGAUAAUCGCGUGCUUCCAAUACUACCGUCAUCUUUCCCUUCCAAACAUGAACGUUUGGCGAUGGAAUGCUCCCGUCCGGAAGUACAGGCGGAUUGUAUUCCCGGUCAAAAAUGGCGUUGUGAACGAGAGGGGCGACGAUGGAGACGCUAUAAAUGCAGGUAUUCGCCUCCCCAAACACAAAAAGUAUCGAAAAAAUGCGCCUGCUUUACACCAGACGGUGUCGUCUACACUAGACUGGAAUCUAACGAUUUUGAUGGGCAGAAAUACAGCCUACGUAGAGAAAGACGCGGAGGAAUUUACGGGGACACAGAUUACGUAUACAGAAGAGUCAAGCGGGACGUCGUGGACGAAGAAAUUAUUGACGAUGAUGACGAGGAUUUGGAGGAUCUCAGAGAUCGUCGGGCGAUUGAUGAAGAGGACGAUGAGAGUCCGUUCCCGGAAAUGAUGCUUUUCGAAACAGAACUGCCUGAGGAUUCUGAACUGGUUUUGAAAAAUCGCUACCAAAGAUCAGCCAACAAUUUUGAUCUUCGUACAAACGCGAUCAUUCGUACACCCAUAGAUUAUAGACACACCACGGACAGUGUUUUGAACUUGGAACCGAUCGGAGCUAAGAUCGUUUACUCCGAACAAAAUUAUGUUCUUAACAAGUUCAAAAAUCGGACCUAUAAUUCGGAGAAAAGAAUUCAGAUGAACAGAUUACCAGUUAAGAACGUUAAAGAAUCUAGCAAUGAAUGGAAUGACAGUUAUUUCGAUGAUAAAAAUUUCGAGACAGAUUUGGACCAGCUGAUAAAAGGCAAACUGGACAUAGACGAUGUUGUUAGAAGGCAGAAUAUGAUCAGGUCAAAAAGGAGUCUGAAGAAAAAGGACCCCGUUGAACACGUUACCAAAAUCAUGGAGACCAUACAGGAGGAACUUGACGACUUAAAGCAAUCGCAGGUCCGCGAAUCAGGUUCAAGUGAAGAAUCCCCAUCGAUUCCAAGAUGUCUGGUGUCGCCCAAGGGUGGUGUAAAUUGCAGCCAAUUAGUUUACCAGGAUCCGAUCGAGUGGCGUACCUCGAGGAGGCAGAUCGAGCAGCAAAUUCGAUCGAUGAGAAAUCAGCUGGAAACAUUGAAGGAAAUACGGCGUCAUUUGAUGAACAUACGUCCCAUCAUCAUCGCGGGGGAGGGUUCUGACGAUCCUCAAGGUUCCGAGGACUCUCGCAAGACCAGCAAACACCAUCAAAGAGUUCACGUGAAUCGUCACCACAAAAAAUACGACAAGAUUACGAUACCCUUGACGAGCACGACGAGCUUGCCUACUACCAACGCUAAAUUACCUCCAGAUACGUCAGCUGUUUCUUCUUCCGAAGCUGGAGAUUCUAUGAGGACAUCGCUAAACGAGCAGGAAACAACUUUUUCAAUUUUAACAAGUACGACGGAGUCGGUUUCGAGGUUCGAAGAAGACGAGAAGGUCGCGGGAAUCGCCGAUCAGACGCAGAAAAUUAACAGUGGAGUGCUCUCGCGAGGCCGGAAGGGUCCGAGAAGACAGAAAAUCAAAGAGACCGUAAAUAAUAGAACAACUGAGACUGACGACGAUAAGGGAUACCGACGCAGGAAAGUUCACAGUCAUCGGAAAAAUAACACAAUACUUACAAAUAGUGUUCACGAUGAUCUGCAUGCGACCGUCAAUCUUACGGAUAAUAUCGAUGUUAUCAUACCGCCGGAAACUACACCACUUCACAGGCAUCACCAUAGACAGAAACAGCCGCCGACUAUCGUUGGCUCUUCUUCAUUUUCUCCUCCAAAUCCUACGCAUACAACAUUUUCACCUACGCAGAAACUUACAGAUAAAACUGAAGAUAGCUCCAAGGAAGAUGCGCAUCCCAAAGUCACCGAUGCAGUUACUCUGGUGACUGAAACGAUACAAACCGAGCCAACGACGACGCCUAUGACUCCUCCAACGCAGACGCCUCGGCAACAGACUCAUGAUACAUUACCGCGUGUCACACUGCACUCCAGGAAACAGCCCGCAGUGCUGGUCACAACCACACCGAAGACUCUCGGAGCCCUAAAAAAUAGAACUUCUUCGGGGCUCGGACCAGCAAGGAUUGACGUGACGAUAGUCGAACCUGCGAAUCGAAAACACAAACAAGGUAUUACAACGACCAGCAGCAACGGUCGCUUGUCUCCUAUGCUGAAUAGCCCAAUGGAAGCGAAGCACAAGUGCUAUUGCGAGCCAGAUAUGUAUUCGAAACGGGAUGAAAAGGAAGUAGCGAAGGAGGAGCGUCGAAAAUUGAAGGAGGAACGACUAAGGAAGAAAGAACGAAAACUCCGGAAGAAGGCGAAGCUUGAAAAAGAGUGUCUGAGCGAAAAGAUGAACUGCUUCGAGCACGACAAUGACCACUGGCGAACCGCACCCAUGUGGACAUCGGGACCGUUUUGUUUCUGCAUGAAUGCCAAUAACAAUACCUACUCCUGCGUAAGAACAAUUAAUGUUACCCACAAUUUUCUCUAUUGCGAAUUUACCACAGGACUGAAGACGUUCUACAAUUUGAGAGUUGAUCCAUUCGAACAGUGGAACAGAAUUAACUCUUUAACCCCUGCGGAGAGAUCAUAUCUCCACGACCAGCUUGAACAUCUUAAAGGCUGCAGGGGAACGCGAGACUGCACAGUCGGGAGCGGUAGAGAUACUACCCCUCAGACUCAGCAGCAUCAGCGAUACGCAAGUAAAAGAAAAUACAUUAACCACGCAUUCGCUGCAGAUAUGUUCGUACCAUCAGCGUUACAAAUUAUUAGAGAAAGUGAACUUGGUGCUCCCGCUAAUAAAAGACGCAAAAAGUUGCCGAAUCCGUGGAAAAGGCGCAGCAGAAGUUGGCAGAGCGGUUGGCAUCACCAUGAAGAAGCAACCAAUUCACGGCGUCAUCGGCACCAGUACUAGUUGUUAAGUGAUUGAAUAUUUCCCAUUCCUCAGAUUAUCUUCAUCCGACCAUUGAUCACAGUAGAUAAUAAAAGUUUUUAUUCGCCGAUCCAUUAGCGUGAGACGACGCGAGAUAAGAGCGUCUCGAUAAGUAUCUAGUAAAAUACUCUGGCAGAUGGAAUCCCGGUUGUUUGAAUCGUCGAAUGAUCCGGUUGAAGUGCAAAAUAAAGGCACUUGCGUUUUUAUGGGGAAGAAAAUCAAUCGUUUGCUGAAGUUGUCAAGAAAAAAGAAGUUAGAAACUACAAAGGAUCCUCCGUACUUUUCAGCGCGUAAAAGACGUGCGCGUAGUUGUACGAAAUGCAUACCUUUGCAACCAAAAAUCGAUUCCCAUAAUUAUCGAUCAAUAUUUAUAUGUAGUCACUCUAACUAACUUGUAAUUAGUAUACCUAUAAAAAUUAGGAUUGCUAAGGCUUAAGUAUCUGCACAACGAAACCAUACUGUCUAACUAAAACUACCGCGAAUCUCACCUUGGCCUUGAAUUUCUUUUGAAUUAAAGUGGGUAAAUCGACUGAAAUAUAAAAGGAAGAUACGAAAUGAAAAAUAAUGUCUCUGAACAUCGUUUAAAUGCAAAAUGUUGUUCGUACCAUGCUCUGAGCUGCCAUUUUUGAUUCCCUCAUCAUUUACUGAUUUUUCUAAAAUAGUUAUACCUGCCGCUGUUAUGACACACUGCCAGAAGAAGAGCACAUUGAACAAUCGUUAUACUUUUAUAAUUGUUCUUUCUUUUUUUCGUAAAUUUUCUAUGAUGAAAAUGUAAAAAUGCGACAUGAAUAUAACUGACCGCAGAAACUAGGUGAUAGCAACGUGUAUUUAAUGCUAUGAUGAAACUGUAUAUACGACCCAUUAACUAACUAGGAUUUUAAUAAUUUGAAAAAUUGAUAUUCUACAAUUGAUUCAGUAUUUUGAACACGUCGCACUCAGUUCGACGUUUGGGAGAUUUAUUUUUUAACAACAAUUUUUAGCCCUUUACGACGCGGUACGUACUACCGAAAUUAGUCACCGUUUAUUUCUAUUUCAAUUAUCCGCGGCUGAGCUAUCGCACACAAUAGAUAAACUUAUUAUUAUAAGCAAAAGUAGUUAGUGAAAAAUAUUUAUGCCAUUAAUUCUAUGUAGUAUUAUACAUUAUGCAUGGUGUCUACGCACCUACUGACAUUAAUGAUAACGAUGCAAUCCAACGUAUGACGUAUCAAUUAAUAAGUUAAGGCUGAUCGAUACGCGUACAUACAAUUAUGAUAUGUAAACAUUGUAAGUCAUAAAAAAAAGAACAAAAAAUA